AUGGAAUGUUCAUAUGUUCAAUUAGAUGAUUUACCCGAUGAAAUUCUUUUGAUUAUUUUUAAAAAACUUGACAAUUUUGAUAUACUUCAUUCUUUUCAUGGUGUUACAAAUAGACGAUUGAAUAGAAUAAUACAUGAUCCAUUAUUUACAAGCAAUAUAAACUUUGUUACAUGGUCAUCUGAUAAAUUUCUUAAUAAACUUUCUUCAAAUGUUAUACUUAAUCGAUUUUGUUUACAAAUUUUACCUGAUAUUUCUGUAAAAAUCAAAUUACUUCAUCUUGAAUCAUCAUUAGCAAAAAAUAUUUUACGUGCUGCAGAUUAUCCUAAUCUAUAUGGACUUGGUCUAUAUAAUACCAGCGGAAAGACAGCUAGACGUCUUUUUACUGGUAAGAAAAUCAAAAUGAAAUUCUUUUAA